UACUCCAUUACCUAAAUAGGAUAAUUACUAUAAGUAAAUGCAACUUAUAUCACACUAUAAUUUAAAGGCACUCAGUCUUCGGAUUUUCUAGUUUCCAUACUGCAAGUGAAAGAGAAUGGCCAAAGAAGAUCAAUUUGCCGUAGGAAUCGACCUUGGCACAACGUACUCUUGUGUUGCAGUGUGGCAGGAGCAACAUAAUAGAGUAGAAAUAAUCCAUAAUGACCAAGGCAACAGAACAACACCUUCUUGCAUCGCUUUCACAGACAAGCAGAGAUUGAUUGGUGAUGCCGCUAAGAAUCAGGCUGCUGCCAACCCAGAAAACACUGUCUUUGAUGCUAAGAGGUUAAUUGGUAGGAAAUAUAGUGAUCCCAUUAUUCAAAAAGACAAAAUGUUGUGGCCAUUCAAGGUUGUUGCUGGUGUUAAUGAUCAACCCAUGAUCAUAGUUAAGUACAAGGGUCAAGAGAAGCGUCUUUGCGCUGAGGAAGUAUCAGCCAUGGUCCUGACAAACAUGCGGCAGAUUGCAGAGGCGUAUUUGGAAUCACCUGUAAAGAAAGCUGUUGUUACCGUGCCUGCUUAUUUCAAUGACUCUCAGCGAAAAGCCACCAUUGAUGCUGCUGCAAUUGCUGGCCUCACUGUUAUGCGAAUAAUCAAUGAACCUACCGCUGCAGCUAUUGCAUAUGGCCUUGACAAGAGAACUAAUUGUGUUGGAGACCGAAACAUUUUCAUCUUUGACCUAGGUGGUGGGACUUUUGAUGUGUCUUUGUUCACAUUUAAGGACAAAGUUAUCCAAGUUAAGGCCACUGAAGGAAAUACUCACCUUGGAGGAGAGGACUUUGACAACAGAAUGGUAAACUACUUUGUAGAGGAGUUCAAGAGGAAGAAGAAAGUGGACAUUAGUGGGAACCCAAGGGCCUUGAGGAGGUUAAGAACUGCUUGUGAAAGGGCAAAAAGGACACUUUCAUACGCUGUUGAUACCACCAUUGAGGUAGAUGCUUUAUUUCAGGGCAUUGACUUCUCUUCUCUAGUCACUCGAGCAAGGUUUGAGGAAAUCAAUAUGGAUCUCUUUGAAGAGUGUAUGAAGACAGUAGAUGCGUGUCUUACUUAUGCUAAUAUGGAUAAGAGCAGUGUAGAUGAUGUUGUUCUUGUUGGUGGCUCUUCUAGGAUUCCCAAAGUGCAGAAACUAUUGCAGGAAUUCUUCGAGGGGAAGGAUCUGUGCAAGAACAUUAACCCUGACGAAGCUGUUGCUCACGGUGCAGCUGUGCAGGCUGCUUUGUUGAGUGAAGACAUUAAAAAUGUUCCAGACUUGGAGCUGUUGGAUGUUAUACCACUCUCACUUGGUAUAUUAGUCAAGAGAGAUAUCAUGAGUGUCAUGAUUCCUAGGAAUACUACUAUUCCUGUAAAGAGGACACAAAAAUUCUAUACAGCUGAAGAUAACCAAUCCUCUGUCCCGGUUGUAGUUUAUGAGGGUGAGAGAUCAAGAGCAGGUGAUAACAAUUUGUUGGGUUAUUUUAAACUUUCUGGCUUUCCUCGAGUUCCUCGGGGCCAUCCUCUUUAUGUGUGUUUUGCCAUUGAUGAAAAUGGUAUCCUAACUGUUUCUGCCGAGGAAAAAACCACAGGCAAUAGGAACCAAGUUACCAUAACCAAUAACAUAGAAAGACUGUCACCAAUAGAAAUUAAAAGAAUCAUUCAAGAAGCUGAAAGAUACCAGGUUGAAGAUAGGAAGUUCCGUAGGAAGGCCAAUGCACUGAAUGCUUUGGAUGAUUAUGUUUACAAGAUGGAGAAAGUUUUAAAGAAGGAUGAUAUCAGUUCACAACAAAGGAAGAUCAGUUCUGCUGUUAUUAAGGCCGCAAAUUUUCUUAAGGAUAAUGACUCCAAGGAUGAAACAGAGAUGUAUGAGGAUUAUUUGAUCCAACUUGUGAGCCUCUUGGACGGUGUCAUUGGCAACUUUGAUUAGGUAUUUUUUAGUUUAGAUUUUUUGUGACAGCUAUGUUUCAUUUUGUUUGUUAUAUAUACAAACUUCUUUUAUGAUAUUAUCUAAACAUUGUUUAAGAUUAAUAUAUUUGGGCUGGACAUGAUGAAAUUACUACGUCGUUGAUUUU